UAGUCUGCAAAGAAGGAUAAUCUUUACUAGAAGUUUCAUUGGAACAGGAUGGACUUUAUCUGACAGUGACGUUUCAUCCUUUCGCCAAGAGAACAAACAGAUCCUGAAAAAAGAUUUUACAAAUCAGACACCUUUGAUAAAAAGCUUUUCUGUGCAUACUGCAAACAUGGAAGAAGAGACUCCACUGCUGAACAGAAGACCAACAUCAUCUGAAUCAAAGAUCAAUAACUCCAAACUGUUCCUGGCCGUCUUCUCGGCCGUCCUGGGGAACUUCAGCUUUGGUUACUCCUUGGUGUACUCGUCCCCGGUCCUGCCAAAGCUCAAGAGCCCCGAUGCCGACCCUCGGCUCAGGAUGGACACGGAGCAGGCGGCGUGGUUCGGCUCCAUCUACACACUGGGUGCAGCAGCCGGAGGGCUGGGGGCCAUGCUGCUCAACGACAUGAUUGGACGGAAGCUGAGCAUCAUGAUGUCGGCUGUGCCGUCGACUAUUGGAUACAUGCUGAUGGGAGGAGCUUUUAAUCUGUGGAUGCUCCACGUGGGCCGUUUCCUCACAGGCGUUGCCGGGGGAAUGACCGCAGCAUCUAUUCCUGUAUAUAUCUCUGAGAUCUCCCACAAAGCAGUGAGAGGAGCUCUGGGCUCCUGUCCUCAGAUCACGGCUGUGUUUGGGGCCCUGACGCUUUAUGCCAUGGGUCUGGUAGUACCUUGGCGGUGGCUGGCAGUGGCGGGGGAGGUGCCAGCUGUGUUGAUGGUCGUGUUGCUGACGUUCAUGCCGAGCUCCCCCAGGAGGCUCCUGGUUCUGGGCAGAGACCAGAAGGCUGAGAAGGCCCUCCAGUGGCUGAGGGGAAAACACUAUGACACACAAAUUGAGCUCAGUGCCAUAAAGCACAGCAUCAGCACACAGGGUAAAGUCACAUGGUCACAGCUGGCCACUCCCAACUACUACCGACCAAUCAUCAUCUCAGUGGUGAUGCGUUUCCUGCAGCAGAUGACCGGCAUCACACCCAUCCUGGUUUACCUGGAGCCCAUCUUCUCCCAAUUCAAAGUUACCCUGGAGCCAAAGUAUGAUGCCGCCCUUGUGGGUGCAGUCCGCCUCUUUUCUGUUGCCGUGGCAGCCUGCUUAAUGGACAAGGCAGGACGCAAAGCCCUGUUGUACAUGUCGAGCAUGCUGAUGUUCCUGUCAUCUCUGACUCUGACCAUGAUCUCCCACACCACACCCUACCCUCCAGGCCCCGCCCCUCCUAACCUCACAGUCAGUUUGGACUACAGCUCCCAUGAUGCCAUUGGAAACACUAUUGUUGCCAGCCACCAAGCUGCAGCAAGCCUCAUUCCUCUAAUCAGCACCAUGGUAUUUAUAUUUGGAUACGCCAUGGGAUGGGGCCCAAUCACAUGGUUGCUGAUGUCAGAGGUGCUGCCGUUGGUUGCCAGGGGUGUGGCCUCAGGUCUGUGUGUCACUGUCAGCUGGUUGACGGCCUUCAUGCUCACACACGCCUUCACACACCUGGAGGACAAGUACGGCCUGUAUGUGCCCUUCCUGGGUUUUACGGUGGUGUGUGUGCUCUGUCUGCUGUUCAACGCCGUGUGUAUCCCAGAGACUCGUGGCCGCUCGCUGGAGGAAAUAGAGAAUUAUUUCAGGACGGGACGUAGUUUCACGAUCAACCGGAGUCAUUCCACUGCACAGUCAAGCUGAACCUAAAGACUUCUUUGAUCAAAAAAUGAGUUAUUUGAAUAACAGACCUUGAAAAAGGGACAGUGCAAAGUGAUUUUUAAAUUCAGUAUAUAACAACCAGUAUUAAGGCUAACCCUAACCCUAACCCAUGUUGCACAGUCUGAGAAAGGACUUCAAGAAUAGCCGAACACAGAUGGACAACUGUCAAAGACUCACUUUUAAAACUGCACGGGUGCCUAAACGGUGUUUGAACCGAAACUAUUUUCAAAUGUUUUGUUUAUAAAAUUAACAGACUUAAUUUGAACAGUAACACUCCACAAGCUGCUGUAUCACAGACAUUCUCUGUAUUAUCAUAUCAUAUAGGCUGCAUUUCUUGACAACUGACUUCAAAACAUCAGCUACAAAACGCAAAGAAUAUGUGUAAUAUAUAAAAUAUGUAAAGCUAAUAAAUAAAACAAUGUCCUGAUAUGUUUAUUAACUAUUUGAACAAACAAGUUGCCAGUUGUCUGGUAAAAAACAAACAAACUGGGUCAUCAUCUUUUGUGGACCUAAAAAAAUGAGGACAGGAAGUGAUGCUGCUGGCACGCACUGGUGGCUGAGCAGGCCAGGUCGCAUGCCACAGUGUCAUAGAUUUGAGUCUGACUAACAGCCACUGAUGCACAUUUAUGCCGCCCCUCCUCCCAGUUAUACCAUAACACUCAUCUCCAUAUUGCCAACUCAAAGCAGUUAACUACUGUAGGGAUGGACUACGGGCACUGAAAUUAAAUUUGGACAAAAAAUCAACCUGGCACAGUAUUGAAUUGGACACAAAUACACAAGUGCACAAUAUACCAAUUAUGAGCAAUAUAUAUGCCUAAUGUUACAAGAAUUCCUGCAAGUGCUUAUUGCUGCCAUUUAUAAUACAGUGGCCUAUGUGUGUUUAAAACCAUACAAGCAAACGCAAAG